AUGCCGGUGCGAAAUGCUGUAGCGGGGUGCAGUAAUACCAACAAAGAUGGUGUUCCAGUAAAUAAAUUUCCGAAAGAAAACAUGUUGAGGGCUCAUUGGACACGGUUUGUUAAUCUAUCGAGGGCCGACUUUACUCAAUCAACGAGACACCAAACCAUAUGUGAAGACCACUUUGCUUCUGAAUGUUACGACCAAAAAUACAAAAUCAAACAGGCAUUGGGCUUCACCGAAAAAUGUAAGAAACUUCUUCCUGGAUCGGUACCAUCAAUCUACCCGAAAAUAGUUUCAAUGAUGCGUGAUGAGGAAGAUCAAUCUAAUUCGAAUGUCAGUGAUUUUGAAAAUUCAUCAUUGGGAGAUCAUGCUACCACAUCUUUCCAAGAUAUUUCUGAAAACAAGGUCUCUACUACAGCAGGCUUUGUAAAGAACAAGAAUAGACGUGAAUGUGCCACCACCAUUAUGUUCUACUUAUUUCCAUCCACAAAAAGAGGAAGCUGUGAAGAUGAAAACUUCACGAUUUACUAAUAAAUGAAAUUUC